UCCUGUUCUUUGUUCUUCUUUCUGAGUCCAGAGGCAGAGGGCCAGGGCUGGGGAGCUACUGUGCACGGAAAUAAAGGCUGUACUCCAGGGGUGUGGGUGCCAGUGUGGGCGAGAGGGCAGAAGAUGGCGGAGAUGCACAGCCUCAUGGACUCAGCUGGCCAUGAAGAAGCCAAAAAUGAGUUUUUUGGGGCCAAAGAAUCAUCUGAGAAAGAAGCUUCUCUGCUUCGGAACCUGCGGAGAUGGCCAGGCUGUCUGUCCUGGGCUGCCCUGACUCAGCUGCUCCCUCUGUUCAUGUUUUUGGGUCUCUUCUUGUUCCUGGCCACCAUCCUGGUACAAGUCUCCCGCCUCCACCAGCCCCCGAGAGGCAGCACCGAGGACCAGCAGUGCAACCGUAACUUGGCAAAUUUCUCCCAGCAGAUACAACUGAAUAUGAAGGGGAUCCACCAGCUGCUGGCCCAGAUAAAUGCCUCCCUGGCCUCCCUGUGCCACCCCUGCCCACUGGGCUGGGAACACUUCAAAGGAAGUCGUUACUUCUCCCGUUCCCAGAAGAACUGGGAAGCAUCUUCAGCUGCCUGUCAGGACCGGAAGGCCCAGCUGGUGAUUAUCAACAGUGAGGCAGAGGAGGUCCAGUGA